AUGUUAAUAAAAAUUUUAUUCAAAAAUUGCCAAAGAAAUUUUAACAACAAUAUUUUUUUUCGUGGAUUAUCAACAUUAAAAGAAAAAGUUAAUUUGCCUAAAUCAGAAGAUUUGUAUGAACCAAGGUUUGAGGUCAAGCGCCAUUACCCGGAUCUACAAUUGAUUAAUGUCAAAUUGAAGGCAUUCGACUUCCAAAUGUUGGAGAAGUUUCAAGUUUUUGUCCAUUGGACAGCUGAAAAUUUUGGUUUUGAUGUUGUUGAAUGUUAUCCAUUGGCUCAUAAAUGUGAAAAAAUUAAAGAAUUCAGACCUAAUUCAGUUACAAUUUCUACCGAAUAUGAACUCAAAACAUAUGCAAGAGUUGUUAGAAUUGGGCCUGUUCCAGCAAUACAACUUCCAUUAUUUGUUAUGAUGGUUCAAGCAAAUGCUCCUGUAGGUGUUCAAGUAAAUAUUAAAGAACAUGAAGCUAGUGAUGAAGUUGAAAGGUUUUUUUUAAAUUAGCUUGGGAAAGGAAUUUUUUGGGGGAAAUGUAUUGGGUUAAAAAUGGGCUUGGGACUUGUUCCUGCAGAUUAGUCUUUUUGGGGUCUAAAUUUGGGAUCUGAUAUUUCGGGAGUUUCACGACCGAUCUUAAAUAUGUUUUUAAAUGUGUGUUUUUUCUUAC